AUGAUUCCUGAAUCUUCCAGGAUCCGUGUGGUCCUCGGGCCCGAAGACACUGGCUCUGGCCUUUUGCUGGAGCAGGCGGAGAACGGCCUCGCCCUUGCACCGCUGGCAAUGCUGGCCGGGCUCCUGUUCCUCAUGCCGGCGGUCGCAGCCAUCCGACUUGGCAGAGUGUGGCAUGCUGUCAUCUUCGUGAUCACAGCCAUGCUGUCCUUCAUUCACGAGGCAAUGGACUGCAGCAUGCUGCCAUCGUCUUUGGCGCAUGUUCUUGCCAAAGGCCCUUUGCAUCAGUGGGUACGGCUGCUCGACUACGGCAGCCUCUACUUCUGUCUGCUGCAGCUUGGCUUCGUGGUCUCAGGGCCAGAGGAUCCCACUGUCCACAGCGAGUACCGCGGAGCUGCUAUAGCUGGAGUUCCCAUGGAUGUGAUUGUAAUCCGCCUUGGAUCGGUCGUGGCAAUGCUCGUGUUCUUGUCCACACGCACCUCGUGGCUGGACUUCCACUGGCAGAUUUGGAUUUUCUUGGAGGUCGUCUGGCUUUCAGGCUUUUCUUUCUUCUGGCUUCACCCCCGCCGGCGCCUAUUUGCGACAGAAGUUCUCCUGCGAACGCGCUUCUGGCUGCGAAUUUGGAAGGCUGCAGUGCUGCCGUUGGCGACGCUCACCACCCUGCUGGUAGCACUCUCCUCAGCGGCCAAAGACGUCGUACCUGUGGCUUGCCGGACAGUGCUAGCAGGACUUUCUGUCCGAACCAUCGACAUCAUCGCACAGGGUGGACAGGGCGAUGCGCUGCGGGAAAGCCAGCGCCUUCAAGAAGCUCAGGGCCUGUCACCCUCCUGGAAUCCAGCGGUUGCACAGCACCUACUUGCUGCACCAGGUGUCCUGGGUGUGCCGACCAUCAUCGCCAGCCUUGUAGCACAUGCAGCGUGCGGAGCUGCUUGGCACUGGCCGCUGUUGAGUCGGCCAGCGGACUUCCGACCCGGAGGUUACCUGGUCGUUUUGGGCCUCAUCCCUGCUUUGGCCACGCACGUCGCAGCCUUCGCCCUCAUCGGUGCUACGCGGCCCUGCAUUGCGUUUGAGUGUGAGGACAGCACUCUUGCAAAGCAGAUAGGAUGCAUCAUGGGCUACACCAGCAUCACGUGCGGCUUCAUCACGGCCUUGCUCCAGGGCUCCACACCAUCGCUAGUGCUGACGAUGUGCCUUAUGGUCUUCGCCAUGACAGCUCUAGCCGCGGGAAGUGCACCUCUGACAGCCGGGAGGAGGUGCCUAUGUUUCUCAACCUUUCUCAGUGAUGCUGUCCUCGUUGGCUUCGUUGUAUUGCUUCUAUUGGAGCAGCAUCUCAUCACCAUCAAAUACCGGAUCCCGCAGGCGAUCUUCGCGCUCGCCGAGUACUCGUCUUUCGCAGUCUACUUGCUUUGGCCUCUUGCGUGGCGCAAGGAGGUCCGGGAUGAGUGGCAGAUGCACAAGGUCUGGCGCGUCUCGAAGCCGAUCCAGAUGGCUUGA